AGUGGAGGAAGUGAACGCGCCCUGUUGUCGGAGAUUUGCGCAUGCGCCAGUAACUUCUCGCGCGCUCGCUCGAGUGGGCUGAGGUGCUGGACACGGGAGCGCGUGGGGGCAGAAUGAGCACGAGCUCCGUCUCCAAGGGCUGCUUUGUGUUUAAACCAAGUUCCAAGAAGAGAAGGAUAUCUUCAUCAACAGCUGACUAUUUUAGUGAAGGUAAAAAUGAUUCAGAGGACAGCGGUCUUCGAUUUGCUACUUGUCAGUUGUUAUGGAAGCAGAUCAAUUCUGAAACAGAGAAAAUACAAGAAGAACUCAAUAAACAAUUAUUUGAUAACCUAAUAAGUUUUCUGAGACAAUCUUACUCUGAAUUCCAAACAAAGAAGACAGAAUGGAUGUGUCGGAUGAAAUCCAGUGAAAUUCCUACUGCAGCUCUUGUCCUAGGUGUAAAUGUUACAGAUCAUGACGUGACUUUUAAAAGUCUCUCAGAGGUUCUUCAGGAUAACGUUACUCCUUAUGUAGUCUCACUGCAAGCCAAAGAAUGCCCAGGCAUAAAACAUCUGCUUCAGAAACUGAUGGGACAGCUAAUGGACUGCUGUGUAGAUGUGGACUCAUUUGAAGAGGAGGAAUGUGUUAACAUUUCCCAGAAAAAGAUACGCUGCUCAAUGGCUUCUCUUUCCAAAUGGUACGAGAGUGUAACAAAGAAAACAGGUUCUGAAACUCCAAGCAAAAAAAUAACUUCCUCUUCCAGGCACUGGCAAUCUCCUCCAAUUGUGGUUAUCUUCAAGGACAUGGAAAGUUUCACAACGAAAGUACUUCAGGACUUCAUAGUUAUCAGCAGUCAGCACAUACAUGAAUUCCCUCUUGUACUCAUUUUUGGAAUUGCCACGUCUCCAAUGAUCAUCCACAGGUUACUUCCUCAUUCUGUUUCUUCUCUGCUGUGUAUAGAGCUUUUCCAGUCUCUUUCCUGCAAGGAGCACCUGGCUACAGUAAUUGACAAGCUACUUCUGACAACUCAGUUUCCCUUUAAACUAAGUGAGAAAGUGUUGCAAGUUCUAAUCAACAUAUUUUUGUACCAUGAUUUCUCUGUCCAGAACUUUAUCAAAGGAUUUCAGCUGUCUGUUGUGGAGCAUUUCUAUUCCCAGCCCCUCAGUGUGUUGUGCUGCCAGCUCCUGGAAGCUAAGAAGAGAGUAAAUUCUUUAUCUCACAAUCAGUGUGAAAACAUUCGAAGCCUGCCAUCUUUUAGAAGAUAUGUGGAAAGUCAAGUCUCAGAAAAACAAAUUGCACUUCUGACUGAGGACAGUUUUUUAAAGGAGGUAACACAGACAUUACUGGAAGACUUGCAUAUUUACCAUGAGAAUUAUUUCACAGUUCUGAGAUGUCUUCAUGUUUUCACAACUUCCCUUCCAAAGUACCCUUUGGGCAAACAGAUCAGAGAGCUGCACUGUGCAUGUUUGGGAAAGAGUGUGUGGGAAACAGAAGAAUAUGGGUCAACUGUUCAGUUACUAAGGAUGUUGGCUAAGGAUGAGUUGGUGGCCAUACUUCAAAAAUGUGUGGAGAUUUUUAUAUCGUCUUCUGGAAAACAGUUUAGCAACACGGUAGAAAAACUGGAGGAGUUCCUGGCACGAUUUCAAAAUCUGGAAAUAGCAGAAACCAAUGAGGUACAAGAUGUGUCUGUGUUGUCACAAAAGGAACUCCAGAAGAAGACAGACCUCUAUCACCUUCAGAAGACUUUGCUGGAGUUGAAAGAAUCAAAAAGAUCUAAGAAACUAACUAAGUUUGAAAUGCUCCGGUUCGAAGUGGUUGACUUUAUAGACAGCCUGGUAAGAAGUUACCUUGCUCCUGCAGAGAUGCAGACCCUGAACGAAGUGGUGUAUUUCAACACAGCUAACACCCUCCGUGAGCACUUGAAUGCUGCCCCACGGAUUGCUCUUCACACAGCUCUGAACAACCCCUAUUGCUACCUGAAAAAUCAAACUUUGAAAAGCGACGUCGGAUGCAUUUCUAAUACUGCUCCUGACAUAUGCAUAGUGUAUAAACUUCAUUUGGAGUGCGGCAGAUUAAUAAAUCUUGUUGACUGGUUAGAGGCCUUUUCAACUGUGGUAACAGCGGUUGAAGGAACAGAUCCAGAUUCAGUGGCCACAGACCAGGUGGAUGAAAUUAUCCACGCUCGUUUUAUUAGAGCCGUUUCAGAACUGGAACUUUUAGGGUUCAUAAAACCUAGCAAACAGAAAACAGAUCAUGUGGCAAGGCUGACAUGGGGAGGCUGUUAAAUGAUAGAACAAGUCAAGAAAGAGUAACCAAUGUAUGCACGCUGCCUAUGAAAAUUCAUUAUGGCCUAAGGGGGACAAUGUAGCCCUUGGGACAAAUUAAUCCUUUAUGUAACUCUACUGAUGUUAAAGGAGUUAAACUAAGGAUAAAUUUGACCUCUUAUGUACUAUAUUCUAAUUGCCAACAAAAUAUUACCUCUUUUCUAUAUGUUUGUAUGGACAAGGAGUCAGCUUUAGUACAUGAUUUAAUAUUCACUUAAACUUGCAAAGUUCUGACCACUGUUCUGUACCAGCUUUCAUCUUCUGUGAUGUAUGCUAGGAGGCCAGAACGAGAUUAUGUUGAAUUUUCUUUUAAUGUGUAAUCCUGAAUGUAAUUUGCUCACAAUCUGGAUUUAAAUGGUCAUGUUAUGAAAUGUUCUCCAGAUACUGCAUAUUUUCAAAAAAUCAUUCUGCUGAGAUUUUAAACAAGCCUCUGUAACCCUAACCCACUGAGAACUCCCCUUGUGGUGUGCAGUACCAGCAACUCUGAGUGGAACUAUUUGACGAUCCCGGUGAUGGUACCCUGGGAAGACUUGUCUACAAACAGAAGAAAACCAGGUUUCUGUAUUAGAAAAUGAAGGAAAAGUGUUCCUGAAGGGACAAAAACAAUUGUUACAAUCCAAUUUGAUAACAUAGCUGGACACUAAAUAAGACUAUUUCAAAAAUACUCCUUUACCUAGCCUACAUUAAUCAGAUUUCAUUAUCCACCUAGGAGAAAUGAGAACAUUGUACAAUUGAGUGCUGAAUGAAGGUAAUAAAAUACCCAUUUAAAGUACAAGGUCAUCAUUUCUCAUCCCCGCCGCGCCCCCCCUCCCCCCCCCGAGAUUUUUGUUCAUUGUGCAGUGGGACAAGUAAGGGAAACAGCUGUGUGGGAAUAAUGUAACUGUUGAAAUGAUUUCAUAACUGACAGCUAUUCAGCCACUGCUAUUAGGUGAUGGGUGGAACAUUCCAAACCAUUUGUGCCCUACGCAAGGAAUGAAAUAAGUUUAAGCAUGAGGCUAGCCUAGCCUAGUGAAGUGUAGACAUCAAGACAGAACCACUCCAGAUCACAAACCGAGCGAUUGUGAAUUUUGUAAAGUGCAAUGUGGAAGCCUAAAAUAAGGCUACACUGUUUCUCAGCAUUAAAAAUCUGCAAUACAGGUUUGUCCUGAUAUAAUAAUCUAUUGUGAUUUCUCUCCCCAGGAAGAUAAAUAGUUGAUGUGCAGUGUUUGACUUUUUAAGUUAGAUUGAAGAUCUCAGUAUGGAAUCGUAUGGGCAAACUAGCCUACUUCAAAGCAAGGACCAAGGUUAUAUUUUUUCUGAUGAGCUGAUAAAUAGCCCCCAAAAGUACUCAGAUACAUUCUCAAUGUGAUUUGUGCAAACUUCAGGCCAGAGAGUCUUACUACCGUUACUAUGAACUGCACAGCUAAAGGGUUAGUGCAUUUACUCCUAAAGGCCAACCAAUGCUUCCCAGCGGAAAUUUUGACUGGUAACUGCAUGCACACUAUUCAAAAAGACAAAAUCAUAUUUUUUCUCCAAAAGAACUAAACACGCUGGGUUGCCUUGUUUGCUGAAAUAAUUGCAUUUCUGAAGGAACCACUUGCUCAUAUGCAGAAAAAAAUAAAUCUGACAAAGGAACAUGGUGAUGAGGAUAAAGAGGAGUUAUGUACUGUAAUUGCCUCCAAAAUGUGACCGACAAAAUACCUGAACAUGACUUACUCCUUGUGAUGGGUGACUUUAAUGCUAAAGUAGAAGGUGACAACCAAGCAAUGGAAAGAGCAACUGGGGAAAAGCCUGCAUUGGGAACAAUCAACUAAAAUGGAAAGACGCUUAUUGAACUGUGCUAAGUAUGACCUAGCUCUUGCAAGUGCCAUAUUCCCUCAGACACACACAAACGUAAUUCACCAGAUGGCAACACAAAAACAGAUGAUCAACCACAUCUGCAUUACCUUGAGAUUCAAAUAAUCUGUUCAAGAUAUAAGGGCAUAUAGAGCAGCAGAUGUAAGCAGUGACCAUAAUAGUUGCAUUGCUAAAUUGAAAUUAAAGUUAAGAUCAGCUUUAAACAGAAAGUGGCAAAGAAAAAAGUAUAAAAUUAAAAAUCAAAACAAUGUGAAAAAUUCUAACUUUAAUUAAGGAACAGAUUUGAGGCACUGCGAGAAGCAGAGAUGAGAGACCGGACUGGAAAAAAAAUGGGCAGGGCUCAGAGAAUGUGAUUUAAGCUGCAGCAUUCACAGGUUGAUAUCAGCAGAGGCUGAACAAGAAUUAGAUAAGCGAGGAGAUGCAGCAUCCCAUCAAGGAAAGAAGUACAACUCCUGCACAUUAAGACCAAACUUUUGAGAAAGGCAAAGGAGCAGCAUAAGAAAGCAAAAGCAAGGAAAGGCAAACAGGUGUUGAAGACCUAAGCAGCUGAAGCUGCUGCUGAUUGCAAAUUUCAACAGGGCCAAUAAACAAAAUGGAAAAAUGCUUACAACUGAGGUAAACUGAGCAGAUGGACAGAGCAUCUUUAAGUCCAUAGACCCAACCCCCAUCAGCAUCAGAUUUUGAUUAAAUGUGAAGCUGAUCAAAUUGACCAAUCCAAUAGAAAUGUGCAGGCUGCAAUCAAAGUUGAAAAAUAAAGUAGCAGAUGAUCAAAUUUAUAUGCAGUUACAUUUGCCUUUUCAGGUAAUGUUAGAAGCAUCUGCACAGUACACAUAAACAGGAGUGCAUAGACUAUGUAUGGAGCAAGUGGAUAAAUAAUUAAAAAAAAACUUUGUAGCUUAA